CCCCGGGCAAUAGGGGAUCAUGGGGCCCCUGUGUCCUUGCCGAAACUCAAAAAAGCCUAUGAAAAAGGUACCAGGGGCAUCUCAUGGGGCCCCCUACUGACCCCGGGCCCUCGGGCAGUGCCCGAGUUUCCAAAUGGUCAGUCCUCCCCUGCCCCAGACUCUCUCAGGCUCCAGUGACAGCUGGCAUUAUUAUGGGCACUAACUCCACCCACUACGUCAUUAAAGAAGGGAUUUCUCUAAAAAGGGAGCUAACACCUGAUUACAACUUUCCCCUUACCAUACUAUAAUGGCAACAGAGCCUAGUGGCAGUCAAACCAACUGCACCUGCCAACACACAUUUGAUGCAAAAUCUACAUGUUUGAAA